AUAAUAAGCAGCUCGCAUGCUGAAGAAGUGUGAGCACCCCUGAUGUAGAUGAUCAAAUAACAUGUUGUGCAGUGACAUCAUUAACAUUAGGUCUUUGCAGGCUAUGGCAUCAGUGAGGCCCCGGAGGGCCAAGGUAAAGCCUAAAGCCGAAGCAGCAUAUUAUUCUUCCUGGUCUUUAGAUAAGGAUGGAUUUGAUGUCAAACAUAUUAAUGCAUUGAAAGGUGAGUUGCCAAAGUAUUUGUUUACUUGUCUUUAAAACAGGUCUAUUUUUAAUUAUUGUUUUAACUUCAUCCCUUUUCCGAACUCAUCUUGUCUUUGUUAAGUCGAGGAGUGUUCAGCUGCCAACCAUUUCGAAAAGACGACUUCCUAAUUGAAUACAGAGGGGAAGUUAUAACGAAACAUCAACAUGAAAACAGACUUAAAGUCUACAAUGAUGCAGAAGCAGUUUUCAUGUUUUCUUUUCGUUAUAAUGGACAACAGUUAUGUGUUGAUGCUGCCAAAGAGGACGACUCCCUUGGGAGACUUGUCAAUGACAACCAUUUAAACCCAAAUUGCAAAAUGAAAGCAAUGAGUGUGAAUGGAAAACCACAUCUUUGUCUCUUUGCCAUAAAAGACAUCAGUCCCGGCGACGAGAUAAUGUACGACUAUGGAGAUUCAUAUUGGCCAUGGAGAUGCAAGAUUCCUACUGAGACGGAUCCUCAUGCUGGUGUGACAUCCGAGUCCCCCUUUGACAACAUCCAGCAGAUUCCUACUGAGACGGAUCCUCAUGCUGGUGUGACAUCCGAGUCCCCCUUUGACAACAUCCAGCAGGUACAUUAA